UUCCUCGUGUCAACAUUAGAAAAAAAACGAUAAUUUGCAUUUAAUCGGCGGAUAGACGAACUUUUCAGUUGCUCAUUAAACAUGUUCGCAAAUAUAAUUCGUGGGAAAUAAAUGGCAGUAUUUGAAAUAAAAUAAAUAGACAGUGUGACUAAAUGAGAUAUAUACAAUGGAUAAAUUAAUGUUUUUGGUGCUGCUUGUUUAUUCAGUGAUAUUUGUACACUCCAGUGAAGCCAACAAAACGAUUAGCAAUCGGGGAUAUCUAUUCAUGGCACCGGAAAGAUUAUUAGCCGGUGAAACUGAAAGUGCAUGUUUGUCUUUGCACAAUUUAGAGUUGCCAGCUCACGUUCAUGUUGAACUAUUGUGUGACUUCGCAACAGAAGAACUACUAACGCGUACCGAUGUCGUUAUGAAAACAGGUACGGAAAUAUGUCUGCCAUUAGAGGUACCUUUGACUCGAUACAAGUACGCAAAGCUACGAUUAAAAAUAAAAUUUGACAAAUAUCCUGAUUACGUGGUGAAAUGGGAAGCACAGGUACAAAUCGAGCAGGAUUCCGUGCUUACCUUCGUGGAAACAGAUAAGCCAUUUUACAAGCCUGGCCAAGAUGUUAACAUUAGGAUCCUGAUGCUUACGCAUGAUUUAAAGCCAUGGCAAAAGCCGAUUCCACGGGUAUCGAUUGAAGGUCCAUCAGGAGUGAGGGUAAUGCAAUGGACGAACGUGAGCACAGAGAAUGGGAUGGUUCAGUUGACAUUUCCUUUAUCUCCGGAACCGAGUUUGGGAACAUGGCGGAUAGAAGUACAGAAAGGAAGACCGAAGGACUUCUCUUUGUUUCACGAUACUACGUUUACAGUAGAGAAAUACGUUCUGCCAAAGUUUCAAAUAAUAAUAAAUUCGCAGCAAUAUAUUCUUGCCGAUGUGGGGAACGUGACUUGGAACAUCUGUGUCAAAUACAGCUAUGGUAAACCCGUGAAAGGUAACCUACUGCUAAAGUUAAUUCCGCAAACGCCAAGUUGGAAGAGAAAGCCUAAUCUUCCGGAGAUACUUUACGAAAUGGAACUUAAUGGUUGCACCGACUUUACCCUUUCUGAGUCGGUACUUGGACUGGCGUCUUGGAAAAUGGAUCCGAACAAUAUUGUUCUCAUAGCGGAAUUCACAGAAGCCGGGACCGGUAUAGUACAAACUGCGAUUAGUCGCACCGUGAUGGUGCACGAAGCACUGAAAUUGGAAUUUGAGGAUUACACGGCUAAAUACUUCAAGUUCGGUUUACCUUAUCAUGGAAAAUUACGAGUUUUGCGACACGACGGAACGCCUGCUCCGAAUGAGAAAAUUCAAAUUUGUCUGAAAGUGGUGGAGAAAAAGGACAAGAAGGACAAUAUUGUAGAAUGUCGCGACUUUCUCUCAUCUGUUGACGGUUUCGUCGAUUUCGUCUUACCGCCGCAACAUAAAGAUACAGUCCUUUUAAGUUUCGUCGCUACCGCUGUUGAUUAUCCGACAAAAUAUUCGGUAGAUCAACGUUCGAGAAUCGUUAUGAAUCAACCCUCGGCACAUAUUAAUAUAAACCCUUGGUAUUCUCCGUCCAAUAGUUACUUAACUGUAGCUCGAGGAAAUCAACCGAUCGUAUGUGGUGAAAAAUAUUCUUUCAACGUUAUGUACACGGCACCUCCUAAUAAAAAUGAAACCAUUCUCUUCCACUAUUCGAUUAAUUCUAAAGGACAUAUCCUAAUAUACGGUCACGUAAAGCACAAGCCUAGUCGGGAUACGGUAUUGAAUUACUCCGAAUUUCGUAAUUUACUGGGUACCUUUGUAUUCUCCACGAACAAAACAGACCCCGUAGUACAUAGAUUUCCCUUGAGCGUUAAAGUCACACCAAGCAUGGCUCCAGUUUCGGAAUUGUUACUCUAUUACGUAUUAGAAUACAGAGAAAUUGUCGCAACCACUUACACAAUCGAGAUUGGCCACUGCUUUGAGAACAAAGUAAAAACCGCAUGGCACACCAAUGUUCAAACACCAGGAUCAACUACCCAGUAUCACAUCGAAGCUGCACCUUGGUCUCUUUGUGGAAUAUCCGUGGUAGAUAAAGCGACCCUGUUCAUGGACAAAUCGAACUCUAAUCUGAUCAAUGCCAGCCAAACGUUCGAUCAGCUGAGGAGAUUUCAUCCCUCUCAAAACCGUUACACGUUUGGAACACAUUGCAAAUCAACAUUGAAAGAAUCGAACGAAGAGAUCAACCAUUUUCCACAACUUGGCGAACUGCGAAGGCGAAAGAGGCAAACGAUAACAUUUGACAAAGGUGUCAACUAUGUGGACACUCUGCAAGCUUUCACGGACUUUGGAGUUAUCGUAAUGAGCGAUUUGGUGCUGGAAACUCGACCAUGCCCAUGGUUGUUCCAAGAACGAGCUUCGUUCUCUUCGCAGAUGAUGAAGCCAAAUUUUCAAAUUCUCCAUAUGCUUGAACUCCCAAUAGAUUUCGCAGUUGCUGCUGCGGCAAAGGAUCCAGGCAUUGAUCAACAUUCGAGUUAUAUGGCUGAACUCAGAUCAUACUUUCCUGAAACGUGGUUGUGGGAAUUAGUACCUACCGGAAAGGAAGGUAAAAUAACACUAGAACGUACACUUCCUCACACUAUCACCGACUGGGUUGGCUAUACAACAUGUAUUUCGCCGGACCAUGGCCUCGGAAUAGCACCACCGAUCACCAUAACAGCCUUUCAAUUGUUUUUCCUCGAUUAUAAUUUACCGUACAGCAUAAAACGCGGAGAAAUGAUGCGUUUCAAGGUUUCUCUCUUCAACUACAUGCACCACAGUUUACCUGUAAAAAUCAAACUGGAAGAGGUAGCAGGAAUUGAUUUGCAUUUAAUAGAUCCCAUCGCUUCGUUCUGUGUAGAACCACAAGAUAGUAUCGUUCAUGAAUAUAUCUUGAGACCACGAGUGCUGGGAGAAGUUAACAUAACGGUUGCCGCUUUCAUAGACACUGAUUAUCCUGCACCGUGCAGCUCAGAGACUUUGACAUUUAUGCAGGACGUAAUUGUGAAAUCGAUCUUAAUUCUACCCGAAGGUUUCCCCGUGGAAGAAACUAAAUCGUCAUUGAUUUGCCCAAUGAAUUUCAGCGACGAUUCGACAUUUUCGUGGGAAUUGGCACUGCCUGAGGACGCGGUGCCAAAUAGCGGGAGGGCGUACUUAAAUUUUGUAGGAGAUGUCUUAGGUCCAGCAUUGGACAAGUUAGACAAACUUGUGCGGUUACCCGAGGGUUGUGGGGAACAAAACAUGGUAUUGUUCGUUCCAAAUAUUCACGUGAUAAAAUAUUUGGAUAUGACCGGAAUCGAUAAACCCGCGCUUCGAGCAGAGGCGAUUAAAAAUAUGAUGAAAGGAUAUCAGAGAGAGCUGAAUUAUAGACACGUGGACGGCUCUUAUUCCGCAUUUAAGGGCGAUAAAAGUUCCAUAUGGUUGACUGCAUUUGUAUUAAAAUCAUUUUCUCAGGCUGCGGACUUGAUUCAUAUAGACGAGAUGCAACUUACACGAACUGCUAUGUGGAUCACUCGGAAUCAAUUGAAAAAUGGUUGCUUCCCCGUAAUAGGCAAAGUUUUCCACAAAAAGAUGAAGGGCGGCCUCAAAGACUAUGAAGAUUCGCCAGCGCUAACGGCAUACAUACUAAUUUCCUUAAUCGAAUCCCGUGUGGAUUUACCUCCUGGAUACAUUAAUGAUGCUGUGAAGUGUUUAGAAAACAGACUGGCUAGUAGCCAGAAUGAGCCAUAUACUAUGAUCCUUAUUACAUAUGCAUUAGCAUUAACGGACCAUCCGAAAGCUAAUUCUAGCAUGAAAGCUCUAAUGGAUCUCGCUACGCAUCAGAAUAAUCUAAUUUGGUGGGAAGAUAAAUCUAGGCCAUCGCUCAGUUUAAGCAUCGAAAUGACCGCGUACAUGAUUCUUACGUUAUUGAAAUUAGGUGACAAUGAAAACAUGGUUGAAGUGUUGAAGGCUGUUCGUUGGAUAUCGAAGCAAAGGAAUACCGAGGGUGGAUUUACAUCCACGCAAGAUACUGUCCUCGGGCUGGAGGCUCUUACGAAAUACGCUAUUAAGACUGCGCAUCAUAGUAACACUGACUUGUCUGUUCUCGUUACGGCUAAAAAGGUAGAUUACGUCUACAAAUUGCAUAAUGAUAAUCGUCUAGUGCUUAUGCAAAUCCGCUUACCCGUGCUACCGACUAUCGUAGAAAUCUUUGCCCAGGGUGAAGGAUGUGUUUUAGUACAGAGUAAUCUUAAAUAUAACGUUGCGUAUAGUACCGGUUCGGAUGCGUUCGAUCUCUCAGUGAAUGCUCGUUCUGUUGCUUAUGAAAACGAAUGUUCGUUACAAGAAAUCACGUUCUGCGCUCGAUAUAAAAUGGCGGACGAAGAGAGUAACAUGGCUUUACUCGAAGUUGGAAUGAUAAGUGGCUAUGUGCCCGAUCGACUGAGCCUGCUGUCGUUACUAAAACCAUCUACGAGAGUUAAGCGCUUCGAGGACGACCAAGAUAUCGUAACUAUCUACUUCGACAAACUGACUGCCCAAAAAACCUGCAUUUCAUUUAGAAUAGUAAGGGAAUACAUUGUCGAUCGACUUGAACCGGCGAACGUGAAGCUAUACGAUUACUAUCAACCGGAACUUACCGUGUCCACCAAUUACAAAAUUGCCUCGCUCUGUAGCAGCGCAGAACCAGUCGAUGAACAAGCAACGCCAAAUUUUCGGCUCGGCAUAGAGUAUAACAAGAUAUCGGCUUCCGAAAAAAUCGAGGAACUAAUUGCAGUUUACGUGAAACCGGAUACUUAUUACAAAACAGACGCGACUACCAUUACCAAUGAAUUGCCCGAUUUAACGACGACAUUUGCGACAGAUCAAACUGUACCAACUAUACCGGUAACCGAAGAACGACCUAUAGAGGUGGAACCGGAAAUUGAAAUAAGGAACACUACAAUAAUCACUGAAAUCAGUAUUCCGUCGCCGACAAGAGCAAAAGAAAAUUGUCCCGUGUGCAUGGACACGUUACCAUCGGACAUCAGUGACAUUUAUUGCUCGGCAAGAAGCGCGGCUAAAGUAGCAAUCAGACGAUUGCAUAAAGUAAGACUGUUGCUGGACCUGCAUGUAUCCCGAGAAAUUAAACGUCUUCGUACCACGGUUGAGUUCACCUUAAGCCCGAAUUGUUCCUGUUCGCCAUUAGAUAAUCCUGGAAGUUUAGCAUUAGUGAUAAACAAGGACGACGAUUUUCUAACAUCCGAAGAUCAGAGACAAACACUAAACGAUUCGUUUUAUAUAUAUGGUUUACCAAUGGUAAACGGUAUACCAUGCAAAUUGGGAAAAGUACGAGCCACCUGUAUGAAUGCAGACAGCAUUGAAUGCAGUUAUGAGGAUUCCCCGGUUAAUGCUUAAAAUGUUUCAAACUGAACGUGUAGAUCCGGAUUAUAAGGAUAUAACACUGUUUUUCACUAACUUCGCGCAG